AUGUCUGGCGAAACAGACGCCCUUUUGGGCAACGACAGACGCUCAAAACCAUCUCCAUUAUCCCGAAUAUCCAAGCACUUACGCACCGACCUCGACCCUACGCAUGGCGACCUGGUCCUACUAUUCUGUUAUGUCAUCACAGGCCUACUCGACAGCUCAUCGGUACUCAUAUGGGGCUCCUUCGUGAGCAUGCAAACCGGUAACACUGUAUAUUUCGGCCUGGGUCUCGUUGGCACUGAAGACGAUCGCUGGAUCAAGUCCGGGGUCUCUAUUGCGGGGUUCUGUCUAGGUUCCCUGUGCUUCGCCACCUUCCACCGUGUCUUCCCGUCGAGACGGAGAUGGGUGCUCUGUGCGUCGUUCCUUGCUCAAACCUUGUGUGUGUCCCUUGCCGCUCUCAUCGUUACGAUUUAUCGGCCGACUCGUGGUGGGCCCCUGAGUUGGUUGGUCCUCGUCCCGGUUGCACUCAUCGCGUUCCAGAGUAGUGGGCAGGCGGUGACGAGUCGUGUUUUGAACUUUGGUGGCUUAACUAGUGUUGUUCUCACAAGUGUUUAUUGCGACUUGUUUUCACAUCGUGAUUUCCUCUCGACCAAGGUCGUUGGUAAUGCUGAGGAGAUGCGGCGGAUUGGUGCAGUCUUGUGCUUGCUUUUGGGGGUGGUCUUGGGGGGUCUCUGGGCUCAUAGCGCUGUGGGGAUGAUGGGAGCUUUGUGGACCGCAGCGAUCCUGAAGUCAUUGAUUGUGGCCGGAUGGUUGGCCUGGAAUGGAAAGUGUGAGGAGGAUACAGAGUGA